UCUUUCACUUGCUUUGUCCCUUUGUCAACUUCCAGUGCAUAAUGAUGCUAAUGUGGCAGAAUGGAGAAAGGUUGGGAGUGGAACAUAAUCUCAAGAUUUUAUUGCCUUUAGCACCACAGAAAGAUGGGAGACAAAACAGCUUUUGACCACACAUACUUGACCAGUUGCUAGAUCAAUUGCUGAUAAUCACCACUCAGAAGCUGAUUCUUCCUACGUCUUUGUACAAAUUCAUGUCCAUUUGUGCUAUGCACAGUCUUCUUGAAAUGUGGAAAUGCUCUAAUUACUCAAAAAUACUUUGUGUCCACAAAACUUACACUCACCACGCAGCUGAGUGAUUUGGGUCUGCUGCGUCUAAAGAUAUAAAAUUUCAAUUCACACACACAUUCCCUGCAUCUUCCUAAUCUGAUUUUAAAAAAAGUCACCACAGAAGAGUUUACAAAAUGAGCUGGACCAUUCUGCUUUAGAUUUCUCUCAUAAACACUUGCAGAGAAAUGGAUUUGGCCAGAAUCACAUAUGUGACUGGUUUCAAUUCAAUGAGCACAUUAAGUGAAAAGAUCUCAGACCAAAUACAUAAAUGACUUUGUAUCUAGUGCCAUCUGGAGAUUGGACAAUUUGCCACUGCACCUAAGCAAUAUUUGAGCUACCUAACCCGUCUGUCUAGAGAUACUCGACUCCCAGGAGAUCCAGAGUAUUCCCCUCUUCAUAAAUUAUAGCCGAGGUUCCUUCAAAUAUUACCUCGCCCUCUAGUUACAAUAGUCAAUCCUAGGAUUUCGAACAGUGCUCCAAGCUGUUGCCUUUGCUUAUCUGGGUUGUUUGCUCUGAUAAGACAUCAGUGAGUGAAAACGUUAUUUUUGCAGAAUGGAAAAUGUUUCCAAUAAUAGUUAUUUGUUGGAGCUUUUACUUUGUAAUCACCAGACCUGCCGUCUUUUUCCAGUGACUACCUUGAUCCCAGUGACAAUUGUUUGUAUCAUUCUAUUCAUCAUUGGUGCCACUGGUAACACAAUGACUGUUUUGAUCAUAAGAAGAUACAAGGACAUGAAGACCACCACGAACCUCUACCUGACGAGCAUGGCGGUAUCUGACUUGAUGAUAUUCUUCUGCUUGCCUUUUGACCUAUACCGUUUGUGGAAGUACAGACCCUGGAUUUUUGGGGAGUUUGUGUGCAGAUUUUACCAGUACAUAAACGAAGGCUGUACCUAUGCCACUAUUUUGCACAUCACAGCCCUGAGCAUCGAGAGGUAUCUGGCGAUCUGCUUCCCUCUCAAAGCCAAAGUCUUCAAUACCAAACAAAGAGUGAAAUGUGUCAUUGCAUUGCUUUGGGCUUUCGCCUUGAUAUCUGCCAGCCCCUUCUUUUUCCUGGUUGGGGUAGAAGAGGAUAGUGAUAUGUGCAAACACACAGAAUAUGCUGUCAACUCAGGGUUACUUGGCAUCAUGAUCUGGGUCUCCACCAUCUAUUUCUUCUUCCCCAUGAUCUGCCUAGCUUUCCUCUAUGGAUUCAUAGGAAGAAAACUGUGGAAAAGCAAGAACAAGAUCAAAGGACCCAAUGCUGCAAACCGGGAGAGAUAUCACAAGCAAACAGUAAAGAUCUUGGCUGUGGUUGUUUUGGCGUUUGCUAUCUGUUGGUUGCCCUUUCAUGUUGGCCGAAACCUCUUUUCCAACACCUCGGAGAAUGGAGGGAUUGCUGUGUUCUUUUUCAGUCAAUAUUUUAACAUAGUUUCCAUGCUGCUGUUUUACCUGAGUGCCUCAAUCAAUCCAGUGCUCUAUAAUCUCAUGUCCAGAAAGUACAGAGCUGCUGCCUACAAACUGCUGUUCACACACCAAGCUCGUCCAUGGUCCAUCUUCAACACGAAGGAAGAUACUUCAGGCUCUACCGAGCCAAGCACCAGCGUCUGA